AAAGGAGCGUAGAGUUCGUCGUGACUUCUCAGCUUCUGUCUUCUUCAGAGAGAGCUUGUCCGUUUUGUUUCUCGAUUUUCAGAGAGACGCGGGCAAUUUCCGAGGAACGAAUACGAUGCCAAGGUUGUAGAUAUACACACGAAAAACACACACACAAUUUAAAGAGGCAGGCAGCGACGACAAAGAACCAACCCAUUUCGGAGCUGUGUUUUCCUUGUCUCUUGUUGCGUUUUAUUGUCUUUGUCUCCUCUCUCUGAAGUGAAAGAAAGCGCUCGCUUUCUCGUACCUUUGUGUCAAAAUCCUCUUUUUUUCUCUCGCUGCACCUCCUCCGUCCAAGGUUCGCCGCAACUUCUCGGUUUCGUCUCUCUGUGUCUCUUUUUAUUCCAUCGCGCUCCAUUUCUCCCCUUUCUGCUUCUUUCUUGUGCGUCGGAUUCCUUCUCCUCCAUCGGCAGAACUCCUGCCUUCCUCGGACUUCUCUUCGUCGCUGCACCGCCAGUGCUGCGAGCUUCGCCAAGGGUGUACCGUGUCUUCCUCCUCCUCUGUUUUCACCCCUUUUUUCCGUCCGUUUCCCCUGCUUUUCCCCCCGUUUCCUGUCUUUUUUCCUUUUUCUUUUCGCCAGCAUGUACCGCAAUCUGUACGACACGGACUGCAUCACUUGGAGCCCUCAGGGGCGGAUUUUCCAAGUGGAAUAUGCGAUGGAAGCGGUGAAGCAAGGCACCUGCUGCGUUGGACUGCGCUCCAAUACACAUGUGGUCCUUUGCUCGCUCAAGCGCGCGGUCUCGAAGUUCGCGGGCCAUCACCAAAAACUCUUCAAAAUCGACGAUCACGUCGGCGUCGCCAUGUCGGGCAUCACAGCAGAUGCGAAGGUGAUCAGUAACUUCAUGCGCAACGAGUGCUUCCACCACAAAUACGUCUACGAUGCUCCGAUCCCCGUGGGCCGUCUCGUCCUCAUGGUGGCAGACAAGUCGCAAGCGAACACGCAGAGAAGUGGAAAGCGCCCAUUCGGAGUCGGCCUCCUCGCUGCCGGUUACGACGACGCUGGUCCGCACCUCUUUGAAACUUGCCCCUCUGGAAACUACUUCGAGUCCUAUGCAAUGGCCUUCGGUGCACGGUCGCAGUCUUCGAAAACCUACUUGGAGCGAAACUUUGAAAACUUCCCUGGUCUCUCUCCCGAGGAACUCGAACUGCAUGCAAUGAAGGCUCUCCAGGCCUCCCUCGCUGCCGACGCUGAGCUGACAGCAGACACGGUCUCCAUGGCCAUCGUGGGCAAGAAUCAACCGUGGAAGGAACUGUCUACCGAUGAAGUCCAGAGUCUCCUGGACAAGCUGAAUGCGGAGUCCGCUGGUGAAGACGUCCAGAUGUGAGGCUGUGGAGAAGGAGAACGCGUGGGCUAGUGGACUGAAGGAGACUCCAAAAUCGAGAAAGCUGAAGACCAAUCCGUUUGAAAAAAUCUCUCAUUGCAGCAGGGUCCUUUGCGUCGCCCGUCCUUCCGAAUCGAAAGUCGUGAAGCGAGUCUCUCACCGUUCGUGGGUGGCGUCUUUUGGUUUCUGUUUUGGACGUUUCGCGUGAUGAGAAUGAAGGCCGACAUCUGUUUCCAGAGUCUCAGGCUGGCGUAUCAGAACACAAGUGCAGUGUUGCACCUUAAAAGAAUACGCGCGCUGAACUGGGGCGCGGGUG